UGGGGGAGUCUGUUUCGAGCUGUUCAAGGAGGGGAGACCGUUUCGCUUCUGGUGGCCAUCUGAUGAAUAGCGGACGGCGACCGAUCGGGUCCGCGCGUCCAACUCUACCGGAUUCCGUCAAGCAUCGGUUUCCGCGUUUCUUUUGGUGGACGAAGUCAGUCAUUCACCCACCCGCCUGUCGCCGUGCCUAAUACGCGGAGAUCCAUCGCGAUGGAACGGUCGAACGUUGCCAGAGAAUGUGAACGUUGGGGGAACACGAAGAAGCUGCGAGGAAGUCCAACUAGCCGUUUGAAGUAAUCGAAAAAAGAAAGCAAAUGAUCGAUCAUUCGUACCACAACGACGUUACCCUACAAAUUACCUGGCUUCUGAUUGGAGGCGGAGCUGAAGGGAUCCACUUGCGGGCCCGGGUGAAGGAGUAGGACAGCUGGAGAAGCACGUGGGAGGUUGGCACACAGUUGUGAGAUGGCUGUACCGCGCUGUGGCGAGUUGGCACGCGUCCGCGGCGAACCGGACGGCUGUGAUCGGGGUGUCGUGAUGAUAUCGGGAACGAUUCCCGGACCAAUGCAUGCUUUUUGCAGGUGAUAGAUACUUGCGUCGCUUUGUCUGAUGAUUUUGGAUCGAGGGACUGGACCAUGUGCAUCAUUACUCCGGCACUGUACCAGAUCAUGUGAGCAUCUGACAAUCAACAAGAAAAAGAAGCAGAAAACCCAGAUAAGUUGAGAUCCAACAUUUAGUUGAAUUCAGUAGAUUUUUGUUAUAUGAUAGAUACUAAUGGACCAAAGUUUUCCUUGGAAACUGGAAACUAUGAAUUGCUGAUUUGGUGCUUGAAAUGGAUUCACUGUUUGUUUUGGGGGGUGGGAGUAAACAAAAAAACUUUAAUCAGCCAAUUUUACUUUGGAAAAUCUUUAACCAUCAAAACCAACAUAGCGAUGAUGCGACUGCACACUUGCAAAACAAUGUUAUCCACAGGUAUUAUGCCAGGGCAAAGACUAGAUAAAUCUGACAUCAAAUUGGAUGGGACUUUGGACUGAAACAUUAGGUACUUAUCAACUCACAAAAUAUAUACUUUGCUUCAGAUAAUGGGAACAGAUUUUUAUCCCAGCUCAUACCAAUCUUUUUAUACAUGCAUCACAGAACAUGAUAUUCUUUUUUAUACAUGCAUCACAGAUUUUUAUCACAGAACAUGAUAUUCUCAAUGAUCAAGAUGUAAUUUUUUUUAUGGUAAUAAUGAUGCUCGACAUAACUUGCAUUUAUGAGAAGCUGUAUGACAGAUGUAAAGAAAAAUUAUGGUUUAAAUUCAUCAUUGUCUGUAUUAUUCAAUAGACUCUGAACUCCUGUUAGAAUCUUAUUUUGUUUAUCGAAAUGUUGUAUUUCGAAUUCAUGCAGUUAACACAAAUCAUUAUUUUUAUUGAUUAAACAAAAUGUAGAGUGACUUUAGGAUAUGACAGUUUACCCAAAACAUUUUAGAAUCCUUAGUAUGCUCUAACAGCUAACACAGUUAAAAGCUGGAGAAGGUGAACCAUUGACAUACCAAAAGCAUAAUGUAUGCUGUGGGAAUGUCAGCAUAAUGUUGUGUGCCAUGGUUUUGUGUCUUCCCUAUCUCAUCAGCAUAAUGCACCUGAUGUUUACGCAAGAAAAUGAUAGAUUUAGCUACAUAAGUAAAGCUUUCUUAGGGCCUACAGGUGAAAACUAUUAAUAAAAAUCUCUCAUCCUCCACUCAUCUACCAUCACCUCUUCCACAUAAUACUAUAUAAACUGGCAUUAGCUACCCAUAAACAAAGCCAACUCUGAGUGUAGCUUUCAUUUCAUUUAGGUGUCAUUGGAUUUGUUCUCACCACUCAUUACUAAGAUCAGCCUCUCAAUCCUCUAAACCUACCACCAUCAGAAUUCAGCUGUUUUUUAUGUAUAGGCUGAUGGAUUCCUGCAGCAGCUUCCUGUUCUGUUUCUCUGAAAUCUUUGUUUAGGCUCUUAGCAAACUUAGAGAUGUACAUAGAGAAGAUUCACAAAGAAAGCUCUGUAUCCUGUAAAGAGAGCUCAGAGGCAGAUGUUAUGGGCCUAAACAAGGACAAAGGAGAGGUACCAUAAAACAAAGUAACUCCUCCACUCCUUGUUUAUCUAUCUCACCCCCCUGCCCUUCACUCCCUCAACCCUUGCAAAAAGAAACCUUGUCAUAUGCUACCGACUUCAUCUCUCUUCAUACCACCUCUGAAGCCAAUCAACAGAGAAAGAAAGCACUGAAACCCAAUGGAGAGGUUCAGCGGUUCAGGCUCCUUUGAAGGACUAGAAGGAGAAGAUGUUGGUGCCAUCGCCAUCCCUACUUCAGAGGAAGCGAAGGGGAAGCGUGAACAAAGAUUCCAAUCUCUUCUUUCUGAUAGAAUAGAGGAGGUAGAGGAGGAGGAGGAGCUAUGCUCCCACGGGCAGUCGUCAGUUGGAGAGAAGAAGCGCCGGCUCAGCUUAGAUCAAGUUAAAGCUCUGGAGAAGAACUUUGAGGUGGAGAACAAAUUAGACCCAGAGAGUAAGGUGAGACUGGCACAAGAAGUCGGCCUCCGGCCACGUCAAGUGGCCAUCUGGUUCCAGAACCGCCGCGCCCGGUGGAAGACGAAGCAGCUCGAGCGCGACUACAGCGCUCUGAAAGCCCGGCACGACGCUCUCAAGCUCGACCACGACGGCCUCCGCCGCGACAAGGAGGCCCUCGAAGCGAACGUGAGAGAGCUGAAGGCCGCGUUAGCAGCGAGGUCGGCAGUGGCUGCUGAGAAAGAGAAGAGGCUAGCUAUUGUCUACAAAGAUGGCACAUCGGACACCGAUUCAAGCGUGGCGUUCCUUGACGAAGCCAGUCCUUAUUCUGGUGUGGUAUUGGACCAACACAGCCUCAUCGGACUGGGGUCUCGCUGCUCUUCCUUCUUGUUCGAGAGCACAGCUCAAGAUGAGAUGGGGUUCCCGUACGGGGAGAUGCCUUGCAGUAGCUUGUUAUCGGAGGAAGACGCACCAAGCGUCUUCUCUUGGUACUGCUCUGAAGGAUGGGACUGAGUCCUUGAAGCAGCACAGCACUGAUGUUACUGUGUCGUACUUAUGUUAAAAUGGAAAUGUAAAUGGAACUAGAUUUACUAUGAUGUCGUAAGAACUCUGUUCUCUCUC